GAAAAGACCCCUCCCCCGUCCCCAGGCUAAGCGUCGGCCGAGGGUGGGUGGUGGAAGCGGCGCCGUGGAGUCGGGAGGAGGAUGGGAGCCGCCUUUAACAACUUAAGUACCCUGAGGACACUGUUGUGAAAAUAAUACUUGUUAAAGCUGCUGAGCUACUCUUCAGUCCUGAUUUCUGUAGGAACACUGAAGUAUUCACCUUUCAGCAGAGGAAAUCUCCACACCACAAUAUUUUUCUUGUUGAGACACUAUGAUGGAUAACCGUUUUGCCACUGCUCUGGUAAUCGCCUGCGUGCUUAGCCUUAUCUCCACCAUCUACCUGGCAGCCUCUAUUGGCACGGACUUUUGGUAUGAGUACCGCAACUCAUCGCCACCCGAAAAUUACAGUGAAAUUAAGGCCACUUGGGAUGAUUUCACUGGUGAAGAUGAAAAGUCUUAUACAGAAGCGCUCUUCCGAUGGAACGGCACCAUUGGACUAUGGCGGAGAUGCAUCACGAUGGCUGAGAACUCUUACUGGUUCAACUCACCAACUGAGAUGGUCACAAGGUGCGUCAGUUUUUCCCUUUCGGAUCAGUUCAUGGAAAAAUAUAAGGAUCCUGGGAAUCACAAUAGUGGCAGUGAUCUGAACCGGACCUAUCUUUGGCGCUUGCAGUUCCUCCUGCCUUUUGUUAGCCUUGGGCUGAUGUGUUUUGGGGCUCUCAUUGGGGUCUGUGCAUGCGCCUGCCGCAGUCUCUACCCCGCCAUUGCCACCGGAGUCCUCCACUUUCUAGCGGGUUUGUGCACGCUGGGUUCAGUUGGCUGCUAUGUAGCUGGAAUUGAGCUGCUCCACCAGAAGCUAACCCCUCCAGAAGAGGUGCAAGGCCAGUUCGGCUGGUCCUUCUGUCUGGCCUGUGUCUCAGCACCCCUGCAGUUCAUGGCUGCUGCCCUUUUCAUCUGGGCUGCGCGUACUAACAGGAAGGAGUUCACGCUCUUGAAAGCAUACCGUGUGGCAUAACGGGAUAUUUUCAUUGCUUCCCAUUUCUGUCUUUCCCCCGUUUUAAUACUUCGUUUUUGCCCCCCUUACCCCUGGCUCUUCCUUUUUAUUUUAUUUUAAUUUUGUUCCACAAAAUGCAUGAAGUGAAAUGGCCUGGGGGGGUUUUAAAAUUAAAAGACCUUAGAGGCCAAUUACCAGGAAUAGCACUUUCUUGCCAGAAAUCUGCAGGGUUUUAACAAGUUUCUUAUCUGUUUGCGUUUUUUUUUAAACUAUAAAUUUUAUGACAUAUCUUUGUUAUUCCCAGUGCAGUACAUUUUUUCACAUCUAAACCUGAUAUUCAAAAACAAUUAACAGGGUAGUGUAAGUAGGAGAAGGAAGAUUUUAAUGACACUAAUUUUGGCAGUACUGUAUGUGUGUUAUGACCCACUAGGAAAUAAACCAGUGCAACCUCUUUCAUAAAUGUAGCAAUAGAACUUUGUUCUAGAUUGUGAUACAGUCUUUCCCCCCUCACUCUUACGCCUACCGCUGUAUCCCUUUCAACCUUUUUGGCUUGAUUGUUGUAAAAAGGUUGGUAGCCAUGAGCUUUCUAAAUUAAGUGAAAUUAAGUGAAAUUAAGUCAACAUUUGUUUGUUCCAUUUCCCCCCCUCUCUCCUUGUAGUAGGAGCUUCUAUUACAAGGUGUACCUUCUAAUUUGACUAAUGUAAGCGUGUAUAUAAAUCUGACUUUUAAAACCCUUUAUUUAUGCAAUGCAAUACCUUAUUGGAUUUUUGUAUAAGUAUUAUUCAUGUCGCCUAAACUAAAACUUUUGUUUAAAAAAUAAAUCUGAGCAAAGCUCGUGGAAUUUUA